UUCUAAUUUUGUAUAUACAAAAAACAUUUCGUAAAAAACAGACGUUUAUUUUUGUCCGAUUAACGAGAGUUUCUAUUCCAACAUGUCGCUGCAGAGUGCGCGGCAUCAAAGAUAAAAGAAAAUCAACCACUUUUAUUAAUGACACACAUUCGCGUUUAUUACAUAAGCGAUUCUCGACCGCCUUGAUACACAAACACCAGCCUUUUGGCAAGUCAUAGAUGUCGGCCUUGCCGGUGAUUUUGGGUGUCACUGCGUUCAUGUCAUUUAACGAUUUGUUCCAGCUUUUAUUGAACUUUUGUCUGAAGAUUAGCCCGAUUCAUCAGUUACUAGAACCCAGCUGUUUAUUUGUUAAGGUAGUACUAGCUGCGUUGUGCAGUACGGUACUCCUCAAUUCAGUACGGGCUAGCACGGUUCUAAUAGCGGAUUACGGCAUGUCCAGAAUGAUAGAGCUGACCACGAGGGCUCCGUAUUGUCACGUACACACAGACAGGGGGAAUAUAAGAAACAUGCUUUUGGCGGCGGACCAACGGCGGGUGCGUCAAAUGUCGGACGAUUCGAUAUCGAAACUGGAAGAGGUGUGCAGAAGCAAACAGGUGCUGUCCGCCCAUCAGGGAGGAUUUAUUUACCCCGGGACAAAGUGGUGCGGUCCAGGGGACAAAGCUCGGAACUAUUCGGAUUUGGGCUACCAUCGCAAAGAGGACGUGUGCUGUCGCGAACACGACAACUGCCCGAAUUUCCUAGCGAAGGGCGAGUGCCGCGAGGGAAUAUGCAACAAUUCGCCAUACACCAGGUCGCACUGCGAUUGUGACGCGGCAUUCCGACGAUGCCUGCAGAACGUAAACACGGAGACCGCCAACACGAUCGGCGCGAUUUUUUUCAAUGUCGUGCAGGUGAUUUGCUUCAAGGAACGCAGCCCAUGCUCCCAGUGGCAAAAGAACGGCUACACGAAAGCAGAGAGCGACAAAAUCUGCGCUCAGUGGAACUUCAUGCCGUCGGAAAAGUACGUCCCGCUAAUGCCGCUAUCGUCUAGUUAAAUCGACGAUACGAAACGGCGAAGAUUGGUAAUAAAUACGGCCGCAGCGCGGCUAUAGAGCGCAAUUUCGAUACGCUGUAGCGCAAGCGAACAAUAAAUAGUUGGGAGGUUUAAGCUUUAGAUGAUUUUUUCUGAGAAUGUCCUUACUCUCCUACGCGGCCGACGAAAAAGACCGGCCCUGCCGAGCGAAAGUCACAUAACUCUAAUAGAUCCAGCAAUUUCAGUCAGUCCAAACUAACCAACCAAUAUAAUAUAGUUGUCUAUGGUCAGUGCGUCUGCGGUCCGAGAAAACACGAAUGUUUAUGUAGGUUACCGGCGUAUUAAAUUGUUUAAAACU